AUGAGCCAGCUCGUGCUCUCGGAGACGGCGCUUGCCACGCCCCAGCCUAAGUGGGCGCAUGGCCUACUCAUACCCAUUGCCUGUGCUCUUGUUUCCAUUGUUUUGCUUUUACUUCGGGUUGUUCUCUCCACAGCUGCGGUCAAACAUUUCAUCGCAAAGCUCCGCGGUCAGGAGCAUCACGAGACCGAUGUUGACUCGGCCCCUCAGCAACCUGUUGUACGGCAGCAUACUGGCUUCUUCCCCGACUUGCAUUCUCAUAUCAAGGUUCAUGGAGGUUUUGCUGUAUUUGCAUGGAAAAUUCUGCGACUACUGGCAUGUCUUACGCUUACAGGCUUGACAGUCGGCGCGAUUGUGUCAAUCACCGAGGGACAUAAUACAAUUGGCACGAAGCAAUACGAACCAGUCGAUGACCCAUACUUGAGCUUGGACAUGGACGUACUCAAAAAGGCGCGAGGAAGCAAAGAUAAAAAGCAUAGACAACGAGAGAGAUGGUUCAGCACUGCCGAGUGGAUCGAGAUAUCACUGUGCACGUUCUAUGCCUAUGCAACCCUUCUGGCCAUCCUUGCUCUCACACUCGCGCCUCGCUUCCGUGCGGCUGCGAACGCCCAUCUGGUUGUACUACUUCUGAUUGCGUUUGCUGUGUACGUAUGGCGGGAUCUGGUGCCGUUUGCAACCUAUGAACUCCAUCCUGCUGAUGCUGCGGGGGGAUGGCUGACAUGGACUCGGAUCGGGGUGCUCGGGUUUGCUUCGGUCGUGAUCCCGUUGUUCAUUCCGAGGAUAUAUGUGCCAAUCGAUCCCAGUAAUCCAAGCGAGAGUCCCAACCCCGAACAGACUGCCUCGCUCAUCUCUUUGUUACUAUACCAGUUUAUGGACCCGCUGGUGUGGACUGCAUACCGUGUGCCGAAGCUAGAGUAUGAGCAACUACCACCGCUGGCAGACUAUGAUCGUGCUUCGCACCUGAAAGAGCGCAGUUUCUCGAAGCUGGACCCGCUUAGGCAGACGAAGCGACGAUACUUCUUCUGGGGACUAAUGGCAGUGUUUUGGAGAGAAUAUAUUAUGAUGGCUAUAUCACUUGUUGUAUAUGGACUUAUGGAGUUUGCGGGUCCUGUGGGAAUAAACUAUAUCUUACGAUACCUUGAGAGUCCCUCGGAUCCAGAUGUCCUUCGCCCUUGGUUCUGGGUAUUAUGGCUGCUUCUUGGACCCAUUAUUGCCUCUAUCGCAUUUCAGUGGUACAUAUUCAUCAAGAUGGGUUCGGUUGUUCGGGCCAUAGGAAUGAUCUCUCAGCUUCUGUUCGAGCACUCACUUCGUAUUCGCAUGGUGGCCCAAGUGGCGGGCGGAUCGACGAGUAAAACACCUAGCGCUGUCACUCCCACAAUCGACGCAGCCAGCAUUGCCGAGAACGAGCAAAUAAACGCCGAGAAUUCAGGGGGACUCCAAACGGCCGAGGAACAAGAAACCGACAGCACCAAUCAUACAGCCGAGACGAGUAACGCUCAAACACUCGUUGCCAGCACAAGCUCGGUCAAAGGACAGGACAAGGUCGAUGACAAAAGCAAAGAGGAGGGGAGCUGCAGCUCGAAUUUGGUCGGAAAGAUUAACAACCUCAUGUCCACUGACUUGGAUAAUGUCACAGAGGGCUGCGACUUCCUAUUCCUCGUUGUGUACGCACCAGUACAAAUCAUCUUUAGUGUGUUCUUCUUGUAUAAAAUUCUGGGAUGGAGUUCCGUGAUUGGGAUGGCCUUCAUGGUCCUAUCUUUCCCUAUUCCAGGGAAGCUGGCACAGCUGGUGAACAAUGUGCAGACCGAACGAAUGAAGAAGACCGACGAGCGUGUUCAGGCGAUCUCGGAAAUCCUCAAUGUGAUACGUAUGGUCAAGUUGUUUGGGUGGGAGAAUAAGGUGAUCGCGCAAGUAGAAGAAAAGCGCAGGGUAGAACUAGAAUACUACAAAAAGAAGCAGUGGAUCGGCCAGAUCGGCCAGAAUGUCAAUCAUGUACUCCCAUUGAUUAUGAUGGCGCUCACAUUUGCCUGCCACACUCUAUGGUUCAAGCAGAAACUUACUGCGUCGAUCGUGUUCUCUUCUAUCGGAGUCUUCGAUGUGUUACGCAAUCAACUACAUAUACUAUCCUGGGAGAUCCCUGUGAUCGUUCAAGCAAAGGUCUCCGUCGAUCGUAUCGACGAAUUCUUGCACCAGACCGAGCUGCUUGACGCAUAUACUCACAAGCACACCCCCGCCAUCAUCGACCCUAGCCCCCCUCCACCAGAUGCCAUUGGCUUCCGCAAUGCAACUUUUGCAUGGUCCCGCCAAGCUCCUGCCACCCCCACUCCUUCCAGACGCAACUUCAGGCUCCACAUCGACCAAGAGCUGCUGUUCCACCGCGGCAAGAUCAACAUGGUCGUCGGCCCGACAGGAUCCGGAAAGACCAGCUUGCUCAUGGCGCUGUUGGGAGAGAUGCACUUUGUGCCUAGUGCCCCAGACUCGUGGUUCUCUCUGCCGAGACAAGGAGGCAUCGCGUAUGCUGCCCAGGAAGCCUGGGUCCAAAACGAGUCCAUACGAGACAACAUUCUGCUUGGAGCCGAGUACGACGAAGUGCGGUACAAGAAAGUGAUAUCGCAGUGUGCGCUGGAGAGGGACCUGACGCUGUUCGAUGCAGGCGACCAGACAGAAGUCGGUGAAAAGGGCAUGACGCUGAGCGGAGGUCAGAAGGCUCGAGUGUCGCUUGCGCGUGCGAUCUACUCGAAGGCAGACAUCAUCAUACUCGACGACGUGCUCUCUGCGCUGGAUGUGCACACGUCGCGGUGGAUCGUGGACCACUGCUUCCGAGGGGAGCUUGUGGCGGGAAGGACAAUGAUCAUAGUGACGCACAAUGUGGCGAUGGUGAGCGAGGUUGCACACUUUGUGGUGUCGCUUGGAUCGGACGGGCGGAUUGUCAGUCAAGGCAGCAUUGACGAGGCAUUGCGGCUGAACCCGAAGCUGAAGGCGGAGGCGGAGAAGGACGAAGAGCUGGAAAGGAAAGGUGAAGAAGUAGUGGACGAGAGUAAUGCUGUGGAUAAGAGUGAAGCAAACGCGAAGAAAGGAGAUGGGAAGCUGAUGGUGGCAGAAGAGGUUGCGGAAGGGCAUGUUGGGUGGCCGGCGCUCAAGCUGUUCUUGCUUGCACUCGGUGGGUUCUGGUUCUGGGUUGUCUACAUGCUUGGGUUCUCUCUGGGCGAGGCGUCGAUACUAGGACAGACGUACUGGCUUGGUACUUGGGCACGAGCGUAUAAGACGAACAACGAGCACCCGGAGCGUGUGGAUGUGCCAUUCUAUCUGAGCAUAUAUGGUGUGAUUUCGAUAGGCGGUGUUACAGUAUACACCGUUGCGUUUGUGAUCCAUGUACUGGGGUCGGUGCGGGCGUCGCGUCGGAUUCAUAGCCGCCUCAUCAAAGCUGUGCUCGGAGCACCGUUGCGAUGGCUUGACUCCACCCCAAUUGGGCGUGUUGUUGCCAGGUUUACACAAGACAUCCGUUGUGUCGAUGGUUCUUUGGCCGACCAUCUUCAGUACUUGGUUCAACAAACACUCCAGCUGCUUUCUCGUUUCAUUGGAAUCAUCUGGUUUGCUCCAAUUUUCACAGUCCCAGGUGCAAUGGUCUUUAUCGCUGGCCUUUUGCUUGGUCAGGUAUAUAUUGCUGCUCAAAUGUCUGUCAAGCGUGAGAUGUCCAACGCCCGCUCGCCCUUGUUCAGCCACUUUGGAGCUGCCUUGCAAGGUAUCACCUCGAUUCGUGCAUACGGGGUUGAGGAUCUAUUCAAGACCGAAGCGCUGAAGAGAGUAGACAGGUACACAAGAUCAGGCAGGACAUUCUACAACUUAAACCGUUGGGUGUCUAUUCGUAUGGAUACUAUCGGGGGGCUCUUUUCGUCAGGACUAGCUGCAUACAUGGUAUAUUACCAGGCAUCUGUUGAUGCUAGCGAUACCGGAUUCAUACUCAACAUGGCAGUUGCUUUCUCUGCAGGGAUUAUAUGGGCGAUGGGUCGGAUUCUCAACGAGUUCGAAGUCCAGGGCAACAGUCUCGAGCGUAUCCAAGACUAUAUCAACAUCGAACAGGAGCCCGAGUCAGUCCCAGAGAAGGCUCCUCCCGCAUACUGGCCUGCAUCCGGUCACAUCGUCGCCGAGAACCUCACAGCGCGCUACUCCAAGGACGGUCCUGCAGUCCUCCACGGCCUGUCAUUCGAGAUCAAGUCUGGCGAGCGUGUCGGUGUCGUAGGCAGGACAGGCAGCGGCAAGAGCUCCCUGACCCUAUCGCUGCUGCGCAUGAUCCCUAUCGAAGGCGACGUGUACUAUGACGGGAUGCCGACACACGGCGUGAACCUGGACGCACUGCGCUCGAGCAUCACGAUCAUCCCUCAGCAGCCAGAGCUGAUGAGCGGCACGGUCAGGCAGAACCUCGAUCCGUUCGACGAGUACGACGACGCGGUGCUGAACGCUGCGCUGCGGUCUGCUGGGCUGGACACGCUGCAGUCGGAGGACGACGAAGGGCAGAUACUUGCGCUUGCACGUGCGAUCGUGAGGAGGAGCAAGGUGCUGAUACUGGACGAAGCCACUGCGGCAAUCGACUACAACACGGAUGCGGCAAUCCAGAAGUCGAUUCGGACAGAGCUGAAGGACCGGACACUGAUCAUUGUUGCACACCGGCUGCAAACGAUCUGUGAUGCUGACAAGAUCAUGGUGCUCGAAGCUGGGAGGAUUGUUGAGUUCGACUCUCCAGCAGCGCUACUACGGAAAGAAUCAGGAGCGUUCAAGUCACUUGUUGAUGAGAGUGGUGAUAGAGAUGCGUUGUGGCUUGCUUGGGCUAGAAUUGGCAUUCUCUCAUUCGCAGCUCUCGUGGUACCUCUUUGCACUCCAAGGUCACUCGCACAUUCAGAGCCCGAAGAGCCCAAUGCACUUAAUCCCGAAGAAACAGCGUCUAUUAUAUCACUGGCUCUUUUCAGCUUCAUUGGUCCUCUAAUAUGGCAAACGUAUAGAAAUGCAAAGCUUGACUAUAGUCAGCUCCCCCCGCUAGCUUUCUAUGAUCGUGCAGACUUCUUGAGACGGAGAGGCAGUGCUAAACUGGACCCACUUAGUCAACCAAACCGGCAUUUAUUCUGGGGGAUUGUAGAUGUGUUCUGGAAAGAAUAUUGCGUGAUGAUGGGCAUGAUUGUUGUUUUAGCCGAGCUUGUAGGACCAUUGGGGAUUCGAUACAUUCUUAGGUUAGAGAUUUAUCCUAUCGCGGGUUCCUUGGUUUAUCAUUGGGCCCUUAGGUACCUUGAGGACCCGCCGCAGCCUGGAUAUUUUCGUCCCUGGGUAUGGAUUUUAUUGUUAUUCCUGGGACCGAUCAUUGGCGCUAUUGCCAUGCAACGUUAUGUCUUUAUAACGUGUGGAAUGGUAGUUCGCGUCGAUGCCAUAAUUACCCAGGUAUUAUUCGAUCAUUCUCUUCGCAUACGGAUGGCAGAAGAUUCUUCAAGCGAUUCAGUGCAAAAGUCUUUUCAGGGAAUUGAAUAUAAGCGUGGGGCUCUGGCUCUCACCACAGAGGAACAGAAGCGCCCAACCUCGUAUCUCAUCGGAAGGAUUCAUAACUUGAUGUCCACGGACGUAAACAACAUCAGUCAGGACUUUUUAUUCGUCCUCUUCUUUGCACCGUUGAGAAUCGUAUUCAAUACGCUGUUUUUAUAUUGGAUUCUCGGAUGGAGUGCUAUUAUAGGUCUCGUUUGCAUGAUACUAUUAUUGUUUGUUCCAGGAAAGGUGGUUCGCCUUAUCAAUAAAAUUCAAAUAGAAUGGGCUAAGAAGACCGAUUCUCGGGUUCAACUAAUUAUUGAAUCUUUGAAUACUAUACGUACCAUCAAGUUAUUUGCCUGGGAAGUGCCAGUCAAAAGUCAAUUGAAGAAGAAAAGGCAAGAGGAAUUGAGCUGGUAUCAAAAACGUCAAUUCGCGGGACUGUUCACAGUGAAUAUCAACUACGCACUCCCAUUAGUUGUUAUGCUUGUGACAUUCCUUUCGCAUACAUUGGUGUUCAAGAAACCCCUUGAUGCUUCGUCCAUAUUCUCUUCCAUCUCUGUCUUUGACAUCCUCCGGACUCAACUCCGUUUAUUGUUACUCCAAAUCCCAUCGAGCAUACAAUCUAAAGUAUCGCUAGAUCGUACAAAUGAUUUUCUAACUAAGACAGAGCUUCUUGACUGCUAUGAACGUAUCGGCGUUGAAGCUGUCACACCCAAUGAAUCAGCAAUUGGUUUCUGUAACGCCGGCUUCACCUGGUCUAGCGUUAGUCUCGGCUCUUCAACUCUGAGGCAGAGCUUUCAACUGCAGAUCGAUGGGGAACUACUGUUUCAACGCCAGUCCAUUAACAUGAUCAUUGGACCGACAGGCUGCGGUAAAACAAGUUUAUUAAUGGCAUUACUUGGAGAAAUGCACUAUACCCCUAACGGAGCCAAUUCGUGGGCCUCAGCACUGGGAGGGAAAAGUGUAGCCUAUUCACCACAGGAGCCAUGGAUUCAAAAUGCUACUAUUCGAGAGAAUAUAUUAUUUGGAGAAAAUUACGAUGAAGAGCGAUAUGCAAAAGUGAUCUCGCAAUGUAGCUUGGAAAGGGAUUUGGAACUACUGGAGUCGGGAGACCAAACAGAAGUGGGUGAAAGGGGAAUGACGCUGAGCGGUGGCCAGAGAGCUCGUGUAUCUCUGGCCCGAGCUAUCUACUCCAAAUCAGAAGUUAUCAUCCUGGACGACGUGUUGUCUGCGCUUGACGUCCAUACAUCACACUGGGUGGUGGAUAAAUGCUUUCGCGGUGACAUUGUAGCAGGGAGGACCGUGAUCAUUGUAACGCAUAGCGUCUCAAUGAUCAGCGAGAUCGCCAAUUUUAUCGUAGUCCUUGGGCCUGGCGGACGUAUUGUGAACCAAGGCACCAUCGAAACCGUUUUGGGCUCGAAUCCUAAACUCAAGGACGAAGUUGCACAGCAGAUAGACUCGGAGGAUCCUCAACCAAGCAGAGAGCUUACUGAAACGGCUCCAAAGACAUAUUGGCUGGGGUAUGUUGCUAUUUUCCACAGCUUAAUCAAGGCUUACUCGCAACCCAAAAGGAUUUGGGCUCGAGCAUACGACACUAACAUGGAUCAACCAGAGCGGGUUAAUGUUUCAUUCUAUCUGGGGGUGUACAGCACCAUCUGUUUAUGCGGAAUGGUUCUCUACAGCUUAGCGUUCAUGAUCCAUAUCAUUGGUUCUAUCCGAGCUGCUCGCCGUAUCCAUGAACAACUCGUUUCCUCUGUAUUUUCGGCAACUCUUUAUUGGCUAGAUUGUACCCCAAUUGGGAGGGUUAUUUCUCGGUUUACGCAAGAUAUUCGAUCCAUAGACGGUUCACUCCCCAACGUACUUCAAAACCUAACAGACAUGACAAUUCAGCUCGUCUCGCGAUUUGUAGCCAUUAUCCUCGUCUCCCCGACAUUCUCAUUCGCUGGCGCCUUGCUCUUGGCACUCGGAAUAUGGAUGGGCCAAGUAUACAUAUCCGCCCAACUCCCGGUCAAACGACACAUGUCCAACGCCCGUUUCCCCAUAUUCAGCCACUUCCACACCGUUUUGGAAGGAAUGGCCACUAUUCGCGCGUAUGGAGCUCAAGAGAGGAUGCGAAAGGAAAUGCAAAGGAAGAUCGACACGCACACGAGAGCGGCGAGGACGUUUUGGAAUUUAAACAGAUGGAUCGCCAUACGCAUGGAAGCACUCGGAGCCCUUUUCUCAGCAGGUCUUGCUGCGUGGUUGGUCUAUGGACGAAACAACAGCGACGCAAGUGACGCUGGAUUUUCGCUGAACACGGCUAUUGCAUUGUCUGGCAGGAUACUUUGGUGGGUAAGAACACUGAACGAAUUCCAAGUUCAAACGAACAGCUUGGAACGGAUCCACUCGUACCUCACCAUCCCGCACGAACCUUCCUCUGAGCAACACUCGAUGCCACCAGCCUAUUGGCCUGCUUCCGGAACACUCACGGUCCAUAACCUCGGGGCGCAAUACGGAAACGGACCGAGAGUCUUGGACAACCUCAGUUUCCAAGUCAAGCAUGGCGAGCGGGUGGGUAUAGUCGGGCGAACAGGGAGCGGAAAGAGUUCGCUGGUGUUGGCGUUGUUGAGGAUGAUCGGUACUACUGGGGAAAUAUAUCUCGAGCAAGUCCUAUUUUUUGGAAUAGAAACCAGGUCGAUUCCGCUCGAAUCACUGCGUUCGAAUGUGACAGUGGUUCCUCAACAGCCUGAGCUCACGAGCGGGACUUUACGCGAGAACCUGGACCCGUUUGGAGAAUGCGACGAUGGCGUUUUAUGGGAUGCGCUCAAAGCUGCGGGACUCUCGAAUUCUGGACCUCACAGCGAGAACGGCUCUCGAACCCAAAGUGACUCUGAGCUACCCCUGGAUCAGACUGCAACUACAAGUUCGACCCAAGACCAAGAAUGGAUCGGACUAGACACCCGCGUGGGACCGUCCGGGGCGAACCUCUCGCUCGGACAACGUCAAAUGGUUGCGCUCGCACGGGCGAUCGUGAGACGAACAAAGUUGGUCAUCUUGGACGAGGCGACUGCUGCAAUCGGUCAGCACCCUCUCCUCCCCUCCCCUUUUUUCCCUUUCCCUCUACCACGAACGGAUCAAAGGAUCCACCGUGCACUCGGAUCUGUUGAUCAGACUGUACUUGUCGUCGCUCACCGGCUCAGGACGAUAUGUAACGUCGACAAGGUGAUGGUUCUCGAUGCGGGAAGAAUGGUCGAGUACGACUCGCCAAAGGUGCUUUUGCGCAAGCAAGGUAGUGCGUUUAAGAGCUUAGUAGAUGGGAGCGGGGAACGGGAUGAACUGUACAUGUUGAUCGAGGGCUGGAGCGCCACCAGAGAACGACGAGUGAGGGGAGAAGAAUACUUGUACCAGGAUGAUCGAUUUCAGUGA